ACAAACCACAACAUCACCGCUUUAGCUUGUUUCACUUUACUGAUCUGGAGCAUGGCGAGUGCAGUGGAGAGGUUGCUGUGGGCCUGCAUUAUCCUGGAUUCUGGUGUGCGCUCGAUUUCACUGCCAGAAAUCAGUGAUUUGAAGUUCAUUGAGGAAUGUGUGAAGGAGCACAACUUGGCGCGGUCAUCUGUCAGUCCCCCUGCUACCGACAUGCUGUACAUGACGUGGGAUGAGGCCUUAGCCAUUACUGCAAAAGCGUGGGCAAAGCGCUGUAUAUUUGAUCACAACAUUUACCUCAAAGAUGCUUCCCGCAUGCACCCUAUCUUUCUCUCUGUGGGAGAAAACAUAUGGACAGCCUAUCCACCAUCACAAUUUAAUACAGCAAAAGCCAUAAAGAGAUGGGUGGAUGAAGUAAAAGACUACAGCUACCAAAAGAACAGCUGCAAUAAGGUUUGUGGCCACUACACACAGGUUGUGUGGGCCAGCACCUACAAAGUUGGAUGUGCAGUACAGCUGUGCCCAGAUGGCAUCAAGCACUUCACUAAUGAAAAAGGUGUCCUCUUUGUAUGCAACUAUGCCACAGCGGGUAAUAUAAUCGGACAGCACCCAUAUGCAUCUGAGGGGGGAGCCUGCUUGAGGUGCAGUGGCACUUGUGAGAAUAAACUCUGUCGUAGUCCUGAACGUGAUUCACAGAAAAGCUACAACUGGAGCCCAGACUGGGACACCUCGGAUACCAGCAGCUAUAGCUCUGUCAGCGUUCUGAUCGCUCGGCCGGUUGCCCUCAGCUUCACUUUCAUUACAGCGUAUGUAGUCCACUACUUCUACCCUGAUGCAUUCUGCUAUGAAUAAAGCAGCUUGGCCUGAGCAACACUGAUUUCCUUUAGACAUUAAGCAAAUUAUUCUGUCCAUGUGAGGCUUAGGCCCACAAAUGUAACAUGUAUGAAAAUUAAUAAAAUUACUUUUAUCUCUGCUUAA